AUGUUUCUACAGGCAGAUUUCUUAAAGGGUCUCCCCGUUUACAACAAGAGCAACUUCAGCCUGUUCCAUGCAGACUCUGUGUGCAAAGCAUCGGUGAGCACUUACUCAAAUCUAUCUUAACAUUUGUAAUAUGACAGAUGAACAUCAUCAGUUUUGCUACACCUGAAACGCUUUUAAAUAACUUUUUACAGAACCGAAGACCGUCCGUGUACCUCCCGACAUGCGAGUACCCCUCAGAACAGAGUAAGUUCCUUCAUCCUUACUGGAGAGCACAGACUUUGAUUAGUCUUUAUUUGCUUUGUCUUGGGAAACAUGUACUGCUAGAAAUUGAAAAAUGUAUUGGAAACUCAAGAGAAGCAAUUUCCCCUUACAAAACAACUAAAUUAUUCUUUAUUAAUGGAUUUCUCUUUUACUUCCUAGUCAUUGUCACAGAGAAAACAAAUAUCCUCCUGCGCUACCUUCACCAACAGUGGGACAAAAAGGUGAGUUGGUAGGGGCUUCCCAUUCCUAAAUGAAUAGAUGCUAUUCACAUGUAAAUGUAAGGUGUCAUGCAAGAGUAACAGAUGUGACCUGUCACCUACCAGGAACUGCUUAAAGUAUGGUCAGCCAUGCUCACUCCGAAACGGAACAUCAACUUUGCAGAGGAGGUUGUCAAUCAGGUGAGUGACAGUACUAAUUGUCCUCUUCUGUUGAACAGAAUGCAGCGAAGAAGAGGGAACAGGAGCAAGGAGAGGGAGGG